AUGGAGUCAAGAAUUACUUCGUUUUCCCAUCUACCAUCUACCGCACCAACACAGCAACAAACUAUUUCUACCCCAACAACAACACCGUGGAUACCAAACACUUUGAGUUCAAGUGUGGAAGAUCAUCACCACCUCGUUCAUUCAUCAUUCAAUUUUCAACAUGAUCCAACUUGGUCGAGUAGGAAUCCAAACAUCCCAUCGAUCCAUUCAAAUGUAACAACACCGUCUCUACCUGCUCUUCAACUUGGAUUGCAUCAAGGUGUGAAUGCUUCUUCGUAUGGCAUGUUCGAAAUACAUCAACAACAACAACAUGUUUUGUCAUCUUCUCCACCACACCAUCAGCAUGCUGUUUAUAAUACACCACCCAGAAACUUUUCACCGUUCACAACACAACUGCUCGAAUCGCCACAUGAAGCAGCAGCAUUUGCCACGCACAACAACCACUUGAUGACGACAUCCACAAACAGUUCAAGAAAGGCACUGCCGAAUUAUCUGGAGCCUCAAGUUUCGUUUGGGUCUGAUCCGUCGUCAAUCUUUGACACCUACAAUUCUGGUGUUCGAUGGCUUGCAAGAGGUGUUCGAAAGAAUGCAGAUGUGACUCGCAUGGGCACUGCCGGCAGUCCCGUUUUAGUUCAAAACAGUAGCAUCAACACAAUCCUGUACAAAGAGCGAACAUCUUCAUUUUCGAUAAAUUUAGUAGGAGACAAUCAUUGCCAAUCGGCAACACAUGCAUCAUCUUCCUCUCAUCAACAUGAUCCUCUAGCUAUCGCUACUUCACAUGCUUCAAGUAGCGUCUAUGAGACAACAUCCAAUACUCGAAUGCAUGAAAUGCAAAGAGUUGACAGUCACAACAGCACGAUCAUGACCACUCCAACUGCACCAUGCGUCUUACAUCUUGAUCACAUCAAUAACAACAGUAGCGACAGCCAUCAUGCUGUACUGUCUACCAUGCAUUUGUCUCGUACCGAAUCUGCGAGCACUAUUGCAACUACCUGUAUGAACUCCAACAUGCAUGCAGCACAUGACUCAUCAAUGACCAAAUCUCCGCCAGUCCUUCAGUCACAUGCAUUCUGCAGUAACACACAUGCAUCAAAGACAACAGCAACACCGCCUCCUUCAUCACAAUCUUCUCCUUCAAAAGGUGGUCAUGCAUCCAUGCAUGUGACCAACAUCCAUAAAAGACGUUCUUCUGUAUCCUCAUCACGUGCAUCUACUGGAAAGAGAAUUUCAAAUGCAAGUUUGAUUUCGGAAAAUCCUUCAUUAACAACAUGCUCAUCAAAUGCAUCCAAUGUAACAACAUUAUCAGAUAGUGGAAUUGGAACCUUUAAUAAUAGUGGCUUAAUUUCACUUGUAGGUGAGGAAUAUGCAGCAUUGCAAGAUUCAGAUUUGGACGACAUUUUAAUGGAGGAUGAGGAUCAUGACAUUCGUUCGGAAAAACACAUGCAUGGAGUAGAUCACGAAGAGGAAGAUGGAAUUGCUCAAUCUUCUUCAUUUGAUGUGAACACAGGUGAAGAUGCAACUGUUAUGAGAUGUUCACCUUUUACAAAGAUUACUACUUCUGAUAGUGGACAAGUUCAAAUCAAUCAUGGGACAUGGAGUAAAGAAGAACAUGAAUUAUUUAUGAAGGGAUUGAGAGAGGUUGGAAGAAAUUGGGAACUCAUUGCAAAUAAGUAUAUUAAGAGUAGGGUACGAUCUCAGGUAGCUUCUCAUGCUCAGAAAUAUUUUAAAAAGAUUGAAAAACAACGAAAAAUGAAAUUACAAAAACUUCAGGAAGCUGCAAAUCCUAGUUUUGUGUGGUCUUAUUAUGAUGGAAGUGGAAAAAUAGUCGCUUCCACUACUUCUACUCUUCGUGGAACAACACAAACGACUGGAAGUAGCAACAGUGGCAGCAACACAAGCAAUAGUCAAAAACGGUGA